UCUUAUUUCUUCCUUUAUUAUCUGCCUCACUUCCUGUAUUUGUUCACACCUGUUUUGUGUUUUCCUAAUUAGUUACCCUAUUUAACUACUGUGUUUUCCCUCCUGAAUUGACAAGCAUCAUACGUUGUAGGAUUACUGUUAUGUUGUUGUGUUUGCACUGUGAGUAGCUUUUGUGUUCGGUUUUUCCUUGCCGUGCCCUGUCCUGCCUUAGUCUAGUCCUUUGUUUUAGCUUUUCUAGUUUUUGGUCCUUUUCCUGUGUUUUGUUUGUUUUGAGUUGUUUAAUCAUUGAAGACUUCUGCACUUGCAUCUGACUCCCUGGAUUUGUGAAACCUCUUGUUCUGAAUGAUGGGAUCUACUUUUUUGAUCGGGUGAUUGGUCGUGAGAUUUAAGACUGAUAUGGUCUCAAGCCCAGAGAAGGUUGGGACCCAAUGGUGGAAUUGGAGUUUUUUGUGGGGCGUGGGGUCUGAAACAGUAUGGAUCAGGGGUGCUCAGGUAGGGCCGCUUCACUUGAUCGUGGUGUUCUCUGGCUUUGCGAGUUUAAAGCCUGAGCUCAGACCCAAAGAUCUGUCCAAGAACUAUGUGAGGAGACCACAUAGGGUCAUUCUGCAGCUUCAGGAAAUGUGGACCGUGCCAGCCACACUUGAUAUUUCCCCAUGUCUCAAGUCAUGCCAAGUGCCCUGCUUUUAGCCAAUUGUCAGAAUGUCUGCACUUAAUAAUAAAACAGCCCUUCAGUCCUGAUGUACGUAUUAAGCAAGGCUCUCAUCACUGAACUUCAGACUAUAGAAGGUGGCUGCUGGGAACUUGCCAAAACACUGUCCAUGUAAUCCUUAUACUGAGGUACAAAGAACUCCGAUGACCAGUGAGUGAAAGACCACCUUCAGUGCUGAGUUACAUUGCUAUAUCCAACGCUAAAUGAGUCACCACCUUUUUUAAUUUUAAAAUCUAUUUCGAUAGAUUCUGUCAGCUGUGUCUGUGACCUUCCAGCUGUUGAACCAGGUCAGUUACUGGACAUUAUAUGGAAUUAUAAGGAUCUCUAGUCUGAUUUAUUAUUAUUAAGCUAUAGAUGUAGUUAUUUUGAAAAGAAAUAUUUAAAAGUAGCAGUAAAACACUUGUUUAAGAUUGGCGGGCCUUGCUUUUAUGAUGAUAUUAUGAUGAUUUCCAGCUGUUAAAACCAAUUAAUUUAUCAUCAGUGCAUAUUUACAUUUACAUCACCUAUAAUGCGCAGAAAUGUAUGACCCCUGUAACAAAGCAAAUUUAUUCUGCCUUCACUUGUUACUGUGUGGUGUUGGCAUAUGAAAGUAGUUAACAACAGCAGCUGAAACCACAGCUAGUUUUCAAUAUCUAUUACGGGAACAAUAAAAAACGUACAGCAAUGUAACAUUAGGUCACAAUGCAUUAGCGUGGUUGGCUAUUUUGGCUGACAAGCUAAGCUAACUAAAUUUGUUUGUAGCUAACUUAAAUUAGCUACAUCCUGAAGUCAACUACAUAAUUAAUAUCAAUUUGUAAAAUGUCAGAAAGGCCUUAGUUCUGGCUCUUUCUACGUAAGUGCGUGUGUAGUGGGUUUUUUUUUUGUUUUGUUUUGUUUUUUUUAACCCUACAGAAAAAGCAAACUAGUUUCUUUCUUUCGUUUUUAUUCCAGCCACUUACACUGUUGUAGCUCUUUCUGCAUGAAUGUGGGUGUGUUACCUUAGCUCUCUCUCUCUCUCUCUCUCUCUCUCUCUCUCUCUCUCUCUUUGUUCUUCCUACAGCUAUUAUGAGCUUGUAUCUCGUCAGCCUGCUCCUUUAACUGCUUGUAUUGUAGUCUGCCUCACUUGUAUGUCAUUCUCAAUAAAAGCAUCAACUGAAUACAUGUAAAUGCCAUGCUAGUUUCAUUUAUAUGAUUCCUCUCCCACAAUGCAUUCCUCUCGACUUUCAAAGCACAGCAAGCAGACAAAUAGUAUGUUGACAAAGAAGAAGAAAAAAACCUUACAUACACAAUCUAUAUAAAAACUGGAGAGCCUACUUACAGAAUUAACCGACCCACCCUAGAUCGGGCCCUGAAAGCCGAUUUAUUAUUGAUAAUUAUAGUAGAGUUAAAGCGCGGUAAGAAGAUAAUCUCCACUGGAUGACUGUAGACUUAGCUGCAACCAUAAACUAUGAUACACUAUAACGUUCAUACUCAUCAUCCUUUCACCACGCUUAGUACUGACUUUACUAACCCCAACCCUAACCCUGUUGUGACCUGUAAGUAUUUUUGGUCUACCUCCUGGAAUAUGAAGUUUUCAGACCCGUCGUGUUCUUUUCCAAAUACAACCAUUGUUCAAUGCAGCGAUGAAAGUGAAAUGCAACGCAGCAGGGAAAUGUUUUCACUUCUGAACAAAGUCAUCGUUUCAUUCUUAAGAAAGCAAGCCACUUUUGAUAUUUUUUUUUCUUUUCUUUGAAAGAACAAGGAACGUAAGAGCAACGGAAUAUCGAAAUUUCACAGAUAUUUCAAAAUAUCGUAAAGAACGCACUAGUUUGUGUAUUGUAUUGCACAUAAAUGCAAUCACACCGUGAAAUGCAAUGCUAUAGAUUGAUUUUAACGCAGAUACAUUCAACACUUAUUUCUUUAAAAGCAAUACCCUGGUUUUUAUGUUUUAUUUUGUGUUAUAAGAAAGAGAACAAGCAAUGUAAUGAAGGUUUUGCUAUUCAGUGUGGCACGCUGUCCUCAAAAUAAUACCACCUGUGUUUUGCAUUUAAUUUUUCUAUUGUUAAAAGCCUUAUACAGAUCAUAUUCAACUGAAUUAUACACGGUUAUCUAGAACCGAAGACAGUAUAGCGUUUCGCCAAACCUACACAGCAUACAGGUGCAUCUAAAAAAAUUUGAAUAUUGUAGGAAAAUGACAUUUUUUCCCAUAAUUGAAUUCAAAAAAUGAAAAGUUCCACAUAUUCUAGAUUCAUUACACAUAAAGUGAAAUAUUUCAAGCCUUUUUUUUGUUUUUUUUGUUUUUUUUGUUUUAAUCUCAAUGAUUACGGCUUACAGCUCACGGAAAUCAAAAAUCCAGUAUCUCAAAAUAUUCGAAUAAAGAAUUUAUAAUACAGAAAUGUCAACCUGAGAAGACUCUAAUCAGCGAAUUAAUUACUCAAAACACCUGCGAAGGUUUCCUGAGUCUUUAAUCUCUCAGUCUGGUUCAGUACACGCGACCACAAUCACGGGGAAGAUGAAAGUCAAUGUUGCAUUUCAUUUGGAAAUCAAGGUCCCAGAGUCUGGAGGACGAGUGGAGAGGAACAGAAUCCAAGCUGCUUGAAGUCCAGUGUGAAGUUUCCACAGUCAGUGAUGAUUUGGGUUGCCGUGUCAUCUGCUGGUGUUGGUCCAGUGUGUUUUCUCAAGUCGAGAGUCGAUGCAGCGUCUACCAGGAGAUUUUAGAGAACUUCAUGCUUCCAUCUGCUGACGAGCUUUAUGGAGAUGCUGAUUUCCUUUUCCAGCAGGACUCGGCACCUGCCCACAGUGCCAAAACUAUUAGUAACUGGUUUUCUGACCAUGGUGUUACUGUGCUUGAUUGUCCAGCCGACUCGCCUGACCCGAACCCCAUAGAGAAUCUACGAGAGACACCAGACCCAACAAUACAGACGAGCUGAAGUCCGCUAUCAAAGCAACUUGGACUUCCAGAACACCUCAGCAGUGCCUCAGGCUGAUCGCCUCCAUGCCACGCCGCACUGAUACAAUACUUCCUGCAAAAGGAUUAAAACCCAGACCGAGUAUCAGCACAUAAAUUAACACACUUUUCAUCAGGUCGACAUUUCUGUAUUAUAAAUUCUUUAUUCGAAUAUUUAGAGAUACUGGAUUUUUGAUUUCUGUAAGCUGUAAUCAUCAAGAUUUUUUUUUAAAAAAAGGCUUGAAAUAUUUCACUUUAUGUGUAAUGAAUCUACAAUAUAUAAAAAAGUUGCACUUUUUUAAUUCAAUUACAGGGAAAAAAAACCAAACUUUUCCACGAUAUUGUAAUUUUUUAUUUUAUUUUAUUUAUUAUUAUUUUUUUUAGAUGCACCUGUAAAUAUAUAAUGAAUUUUCUUAAACAGUGAAGUUGAGGAGUACCAUACCGAUGUCAACACUGGACUUGUAUUCUGAAGGUUCUGGGCUGGACCUGCUCGCUCUGUCGCUGUUCUCCUCAGUUCUGAGCGGCGCUAGACCUGGGCGCGGGAGGAUCUCUGAGGCGGUGUCCCUGCCGGUGUGGCCUAAAGAAGGAUGCAGACGAUAAAGUGCGUCGUCGUUGGCGACGGGGCAGUGGGGAAAACGUGCCUUCUCAUCUCAUACACCACCAACGCCUUCCCCGAGGAGUACAUCCCGACCGUGUUCGACAACUACAGCGCCCAGAUGAGCGUCGACGGACGCACGGUGAGCCUGAACCUGUGGGACACGGCGGGUCAGGAGGAGUACGACCGGCUGCGCACGCUCUCCUACCCUCAGACCAACGUGUUCAUUAUCUGCUUUUCCAUCGGCAGUCCGUCGUCGUACGCCAACGUCCGGCACAAGUGGUUCCCGGAGGUUUCGCACCACUGCCCCAGCGUGCCUGUGCUGCUCGUGGGAACCAAACGCGAUCUGCGCAGCGACGCCGAGACCGUCAAGAAGUUAAAGGAGCAGAACCUGGCGCCCACCACGCAGCAGCAGGGCACCGCGCUGGCUAAGCAGAUCAACGCCGUGAAGUAUCUGGAGUGCUCGGCUCUGCUCCAAGAAGGCGUCAGGGAAGUUUUUGCCGAGGCCGUGCGUGCCGUUCUCUAUCCCGUCACCAAAAAGAAUCCCAAAAAGUGCGUCCUCUUGUAGUUUGGCUUUGGAGACUUGUGGAAAUGGACUCGGAGAGCUCAGAGGACAGACGGAUGAUCCCGGUGUUAAUAGCCAUCUCUUCUUCCUCACUCGUGUUUUUAACCACUCUAGGUAUUGUUUUUGGCUCCCUGAUUUUAUUUUUUUUUUGCUUUCUUUCUUUGUUUUUUUUUUUUUUUGCUUUUCUACAGUCACCAAAGUAUAAACUCUUUACCAGGACUGAAGAAACUCCUGUUGAUUUCAAAACCACUUUCCCCUUUGUCCUCGUUCGUCUCCUUGGAAGGAUGUGGGUUGUCAAGAUCACGCGCACUUACCUCAUGGCUAAAAAAAAAAAUGCAAUUGCAAGACACAUGGCAAUAUUUUAAUAAUGAAGCAAAGCAAUACGGAAAAGAAGUUUCGCCCAGUCGCGCUGGAGGAUGGCGUGGCAUUGUUUUCCUCGAGCAGCGUCUGAGAAGGAAAAGCAUCUCGUUUCUACCACCUGUCGUCUCCGAUCUGUCCUUUUUUUUUUUUUUUUGCGCCUAACAGAGCUCGCAGGAAAAAUGCAAAGUUACUAGUCAGGAGUCCGACGAUGGAAACGAUCGUCUACCUUAAACGGAAGAGGAAACUGAUCGGUAAGCUGGGUGGCGUGGUGUGUUGUUUUUUUGUUUUUUUUUUGGUGCACAAGCUUGUGUCGUUAUUUAAACAGGUUUCCGCUGCGCUCAUGCAAAAAGCCACAUCAAAGGUUACUGCUGUGCGUCAGCUGCUGCAGCACAACAUCAACACCUCACUGUAGUUCCUCAGAGUUCUCGCUGUAGGUGCAGCUUUCUAUGAUAAAGGGGAAACAGUCCAGAUCUUGUACUUCUACUUUACUGUACUGAAACUGUAGCGAUAGUGUAGCGAUAGUGGUGGAUGGGUUAGAACGGCAGAAGACCACAUCAGGUUCCACUCCUGUCAGCCAAGAACAAGAACCUGAGGCUAUCAUGGGCGCGGAUUGACUGAAACUGGACCGCUGAAGACUGGAAAAAGACCAGGUGAUUUUUUUUUUUUUUUCUGUCCGGUUUCUGUGAUAGAAAUUAGCAUUUAUAAAUGAACGUAUUGAGCGAACGAAACAAUGACUUACUCAUAAUAUGUAAAAAGACACCCACUGGUGGUUCCUAUACUGGUGCAAUGAUAUAACCUAUGGAGAGGGUCACUGAACGAAUCUGAAUCUUUUUGGCGAAUGGAAUCAAAAGGUUCGAGUCACUGGGAUGAAUCAAAAUGACCUUGCAGUAGCUACAGCUGCAAGACAAAGCACAGGGUUAUAUUCAUGUGCCCAUUCUAAUACAUGAUCUUUUCUAUAAUAACAACCGAUACACAGGGAAUCGCAUGGCAGACGCUCCGCACAAUCAAUCUGUCUAAUGCGAAACGGAUUCAUCACACCACCCAGUCGUCGAUUUAUUUAUUUAUUUAUUUAUUUAUUUAUUUAUUUAUUUAUUUAUUCCAGGUCAAUGCGUUUAAGCCUGCAAAAGUGGCCCACCCCUGUCAAAUGUCCCCAUGAAAUAUUUUAAAGGGUUUUCUUUGGGUAGCUCAUCCACGAUGUGGUUUUUAUCUCUUCAUCAGGCGGAUUGAGAAUUUUCAGAUGUGCCCGCACGUUAAACAGAACAUGCAAUGUUUCCACCAUGGACUACUUGAAACGCUUUAAUAACAUCAACGGAUUGUGGACACUGGUGAAAGUAUAGUGGACAGUUAGGUUGUUUAGAAACACAUCUUUUGUCAACAGCGAAAUUGAUUGAAAUGCCAGGUUCUUUAACAACAAACUCAUCAUUACCAUCAGCAGGAACCUCUGAUCGACGCUAGAAGUGAUAAGUGUUAAGUGAUUAAGAAUCACUCAGGGUCAGAUGUAUGGAACUGUUUGUGCCAGAUUGAUUAAAUGUGACCACUUUGUAGAUGAGAUUUUUGUAUUUAUUUCUUUAUUUAUUUCGCUAAACGGAUUCACGUUAGGGAGAACUGUGUAAAAAAAACGGGAAGCUGGUGCGAAAAAACAAAAAAAGUUUCAUUUGAUGUAUGAAGUGUUCUCCCCGUGCUGCGGGGGUUUCCGCCGGGUACUCCGGUUUCCUCCCCCAGUCCAAAGACAUGCAUGGUAGGCUGAUUGGCAUGUCCAAAGUGUCCGUAGUGUAUGAAUGGGUGUGUGAGUGUGUAUGUGAUUGUGUGCCCUGCGAUGGAUUGGCACCCUGUCCAGGGUGUACCCCGCGUUGUGCCCGAUGCUCCCUGGGAUAGGCUCCAGGUUUCCCCGUGACCCCGAAAAGGAUUAAACGGUAUAUAAGACGGAUGGAUGGAU